AUGCCGCUGACGGUCAAAGGCGCCAUGCCGAGCGCAAGCACGAGCGCGGCGCCAGACUGGCAUCCGGCAGCGGCAUACCACUGGCUCGAUGCUAUACUCAAAGAGCCUGGUCGCAACGCAACGUCCAUGACAGCGGAGGGCGUCUUUGCGCAGCUGCAGAACAUCUACCCGCCUGCUAAGCUCAGCGAACACUGUAGAAUUGUCAUGAGGAACACCAUUGCCGACAAGCUUGCUCUUUUGACCCGCGAGCCAAGCACUGCUCCUCCCACACCUAUCCAGCUGAAGUCGCUGAAGUCUACGCAUGCGACUAUGCCAAUGUCUCAAGUCAAGCCAGCUUCCUCGCAGUCCUCUUCGCCAGGCAAAGAUGUCAAACCAGAUGCCACUUUUAUCAAGAAGAAUGCUCAUCUACUCGAUCACGACCCUGUCUCGCUGAACCGGGUAGCACAAGUCAUCAAGUCACUUCUGCCUGCGCCUAAUCAGAAGCAAGCGGUCAGAGAUGUGGGUGCUAUCGAAUUUGGACUCGACAGAGGCACGCGCAAUCGCGCCCCUCCAAAAGUGUUUGCCAACCUGGGCAAGUACGUCCAUCACGACACUCGUGUUCAGCCUCAAUCCUCGCAAUCUGUGAAGCAUUCUGCAUCUGUCACUUCGCUCAAGACUGCGGCAGGGGAAGUUAAAGCAAAGAAAGCGCGUACCUCCUCUGUGCCGCCCGCAAAGGCAGGUCUCAAGGACUUUGGCUCGGCAAAGUCAUCGCAAAAAGUCCGACCGUCAUCCAUUGUGAGCAGCAAGUCAAGCCGCCUGGGACCCGAGCUGGUGGACAAGCAAGGAAAGCUGCCGAAGAACGACGGUGCCUCUCCCAAAAAGUCGGCAAGCGCGCAGCAGCCGCCGAGCUCCAGCGUCAGAGCAUUCCAGGCGAUCAAAGAUGUGACAUCAUGGAUGAGCCAUAGGAAGAAACCAUCGGUGAAGAAGUCGACGCCGGUGAGCGACGAUACAGGUGACGAUACUCUUGAUGAGAGUACCGAGAGUGAGUCUGGCGGCACGAGCGACGACGGUCCGCCCACAAAUGGGCUCAAGCGUAAAGCCAAAGCAAAGUCUGGCGCGCCGGAUCCCACGCAGAAGCCCAAAGGCGAUACGAGUCUCGUCAAAGAUGCCAAGAAACGUCCGCUUAGCAUGCCGACCUUUGCAAGCCCAAAGGUACAAGCCGGCACAGCUAAGCCCGCUACUCUCAUCAAGCAGUCCUACGUACGCCCACUCUCAAACAGUGUUGCGCCUGAAAGGAUGGCACUAUGCUCGUCCAGCGCAAAGCAAGUCCCACCUAUCGACACAGAGGCAAAUCGCCAGAUGGUCGAACGAGCACUCCUUUGGCAGCCAAAGCUCACAUCGCACGACCCGCUCGACAAACGUCGUACAAGUGCGGAUGACGUAGUUGGCGAGGAUGACGGAUCUGAAGAUCCUAUAUUCGACCGUAUCGCCUUGCACGUCAGUCGGGAUGGUCGACUGUCUCCUGCGAGUAAGCAACUCAAGGCGAGCGAGACUGCCGAACGCGCCGUUGCUGCUGGCCAGCUGCCUUCUAAAUCGACUAGCCCGAUGCCCAUGGCUGCUGCACCGGUCACAUUGCCCGCAGCUGAAGAUAUGACAGCCAAGGUGAAGGCUCCUGCCCGUGACGUCAGCACAGACAAAGGAGAGAGUAGCGACGCAGAUGCUGCCUAUCCAGCGCAAAAGAGACCACCUUCUACGCCUUAUCCGCGACCGACGAAUUUUUCAGGUGAUGAACCCACCGAGGCGCUCGCGGCAGCAACAUCACCUGUCGAGUGCAGUUCGAACAAUCACAAUGGCUCGCCCAUCAGAGAAUCAUCUGCCUCCAUAUCCCCCUCGCUGUUUGAGCGUAUCGAAGCAGCUACACAUGGCGAAGAAGCUAGCACCACGCUUCGGACAGAUGCCAGAAUCCGGGUCAUCUGCGAUACGACAGAAGAUGUCGACAGUGUAAAAACUGGCGAGAACGCCGUCUUGCCGGCUGCCAAGGCAUCUCAAGCUAACGAUCCCGGCGAACUCAAGACGGACACUGACGAUCACCUCGCAGGCUGA